AUGGCCAAAUAUUACUACUUCUUCAGUGAGGGAAGUACUAUUAAUCAGCUGAUAUGCGCAGUUCUGAUCAACUUGCCUCUGUUCGCCUACGGUGCCAGCAUCGGAUGGUUGUCGCCAAUGACUCUUCUGCUGCAAUCCAAAGACUCGCCAACUGGGAGACCUCUUACUGAUUCUGAAAUCUCAUGGAUGGCUUCAGCAGCGUAUUUAAUGUGUUGUCCUGCAGAUUUCUUCAUGGCAUUCCUUGGCGAUAGGAUUGGGAGAAAACUAUCAUUACUUUUUGUUACAUCCGCCCUGGUUGGAUGUUGGGUAAUCAAACUAGCUUCGCUUCAGAUAUCAGCGUUUAUAAUAGCCAGAGUUUUGGUCGGUGUGAACAUGGCAGGUUGCUUCGUCAUCUGCCCGAUAUACACGAAAGAGAUUAGCCAGGAUUCUAUAAGAGGAUUCUUGGGAUCUAUGUUAGUAUUAUUUCAAACCUCCGGAAAUCUCUUUGGGUAUAUCAUGGGAGACUUGCUGAGCUACAGCACGUUCCUAUGGGUUUGCCUAGCUUUGCCGACAGUACAUCUCAUACUGUUCAUGAUGAUGCCUGAGUCACCAUCUUUUCUCUUAAAAAGAGGAAAUGUAGAGGAAGCUACUAGAGUCUUGGCUUGGCUUAGAUGCAGGGAUGAGACUGAUAUAGAAAUUAAAAAUGAAAUAGACGUUAUGAAAAAGGAACAGGAAAAGGAUAUGGAAGGAAGCACAUUUCUCCUGAAAAAUAUUUUAUCGGAUCGAAUUCUAUGCCGUGCAUUCAUCAUUGCCAUGAUAGUUACGGAAGCAAGGGAGGUCUGUGGUGCUAUACCGGUACUUAGUUUCGCUGGUGAUAUAUUUUCUAUGGCAUCCAAAGGAUCCAGUUUGGUGUUAACACCAAAUCAACAAGCAAUGAUGCUGGGGGCGGUACAAGUAGCCGGCUCAGCGUUGGCAUCGAGUGUCGUUGAAAAAGCGGGACGGAAGAUGCUCUUGGUUAUAACAACACUGGUCUCCGGUCUGAGCAUGUGCUGCCUUGCGUCUUGGUUUCUCAUAAGAGACAUGGGUUCGUUCGCACCGGCCUGGAUACCUAUCGUUACUUUAUGCGUCUGCAUCUUCUGUGACGCUUCUGGCUUGCAGCCAGUUUCCAUGGUGUUGGUUGGCGAAAUCGUGUCGUUUAAGUAUCGUGGUACCGUGAUGGCGGUUACAAUGGCGGGGGCUUCGUUCUCCGCCUUCUUGCAAAUGCUAUUCUUUAAGCCGCUGGCCACUGCUAUAGGGGUGCAUGUCGCAUUUUACUUCUUCUUCGCAAUUUGCAUAUCAGCAGCGGUGUACGUGUUAGUAUUUGUACCGGAAACGAGGAACAAAACGCUGGAUCAAAUCUACGACGCGUUAAAGACGAAAAAAGAAAAAGCUAAAGAGAAACAGCUGACUAAAUCUGAGAGUUGUUAG